AUGGAAGUAAUUGUUGCGACGGAUCAAGUUUCAGAAUCUCUUGAUGCUGCAUUUAUGUGUCCUAGGCUGACUUGCCUUGACCUUUCUUACCUUCCAAAUUUGAGAAACUUCUAUGCACAAGGGCAGAAAUUAGAAUGGCCCUACCUUCAUCAAUUAGAUAUUGACGGUUGUGGUGAAAUAGAGAUACUUGAAAAGAAGGUCUCAAGUUCAUCAGAAAUACAUGGGGAAGAGAGUGCAAUAGACUCAAAAUAUCCUCUGCUCUCCUGCAACAAGGAUGAUCGAGUUUCAUACAACUUGUUUAGUAACUUUAAAAAGCUAGUUGUGUAUGGGUGUGGCUUUGUGAUAUUAGUGCCCUUCCAAGUUCUAAGAUCCUUACACAGUUUGGAAGAACUAACAGUGAAUAAGUGUGAGGAGUUGGAGGUGGUGUUUGAUUUAGAAGACUUGAAUGACUGUAAAGAGAGACAGUCAUCAUCGGUGGUUUUGCCCUUGAAGAAGUUAUGGUUAUGGAGUUUGCCAAAAUUGAAGAAUGUGUGGAGUAAUCACCACGGUGAAAAUGUCUGCUUCCAAAGUCUAAGCCAGAUACAUGUUUCUCUUUGUGAUAGCCUGACGAGUGUGUUUCCUGCAUCUAUAGCCAAAGGCAUGCUUCAUUGUCUUGAGCAACUUGAAGUACGAAAGUGUGCUGAUAUGGAAGUAAUUGUUGCAACGGAUCAAGUUUCAGAAUCUCUUGAUGCUGCAUUUGUGUGUCCUAGGCUGACUUCCCUUAAGCUUUUUGGCCUUCCAAAUUUGAGGAACUUCUAUGCACAGACACAAAAAUUAGAACCGCGCCACCUUGUCAGUUGUGGUGAAACAGAGAUAUUUGAAAAGGAGGUCUCAUGUUCAGCAGAAAUACAUGGGGAAGAGAGUACAAUAGACUCAAAAUAUCCUCUGCUCUCCUGCAACAAGGAUGAUCGAUUUUCAAACAACUUGUUUAGUAACUUGAAAAAGCUAGUUGUGGAUGGGUGUGGCUUUGUGAUAUUAGUGCCCUUCCAAGUUCUAAGAUCCUUACACAGUUUGGAAAAACUACAAGUUAAGACUGUAAGGAGUUGGAAGUGGUGUUUGAUUUAGAAGAUUUGAAUGAUUAUAAAGAGAGACCAUCAUCUUCAGUGGUUGCGACAUUGAAGAAGUUAAGACUAUCGAGUUUGCCAAAACUGAAGAAUGUAUGGAGCAAUCACCACCGAGGAAAUGUCUCCUUCCAAAGUCUAAGGCGGAUAGAAGUUGAUAAUUGUGACAGCCUGACGAGUGUGUUUCCUGCAUCUAUAGCCAAAGGCAUGCUUCAUUGUCUUGAGCAACUUGAAGUACGAAAUUGUGCUGAUAUGGAAGUAAUUGUUGCGACGGAUCAAGUUUCAGAAUCUCUUGAUGCUGCAUUUAUGUGUCCUAGGCUGACUUGCCUUGACCUUUCUUACCUUCCAAAUUUGAGAAACUUCUAUGCACAAGGGCACAAAUUAGAAUGGCCCCACCUUCAUCAAUUAGAUAUUGACGGUUGUGGUGAAAUAGAGAUACUUGAAAAGAAGGUCUCAAGUUCAUCAGAAAUACAUGGGGAAGAGAGUGCAAUAGACUCAAAAUAUCCUCUGCUCUCCUGCAACAAGGUUAUUGCCAAUCUGGAGUUGAGCUUAUGUGGAAAAGAAGUGGAGAUGAUGGGAAGCGGGCAGUUUCCAUCGUAUCACUUCCCCAAAGUGAAAGAUCUUUUUCUAAUUACUAAGAAAGCAACAACUAUAUCGUACAGAUCAUUGUUGAAUUGCUUCCCAAAUUUAGAGCAUCUUCAGCUGAGUGGUGAGUUUAAGGAUCCUUUUGGAGGGCAUGAUGUUGCUGCACUUCGUUUUCCCUUUCAAAAACUUUCUCUGCAAUAUUGCCAAUACGAUAAGCUUGGCAAUACCAAUACCAAAU